UGCGUGGGCCUAAGGUGUUCGCCGCGUGGUCUCAUUGACAGUCGGUCGGUGAGCAGCGUUGUUGGUGUUUGGCGCGGAUGUGUCCUCGCGGACGGUUUUUCGCACAGCCGCCAGGAAUGCGCGCGAUGUUUCGCGGGCACCGGUGACCUCGGCGCGAUUAUGCUCUCACGCUUUCAUGGGACAUUUAUUUUGUGUAUCGCCACGGUGGCUGGAACAUCGUAUCCGUCGAUAGGACGAUGCGCCGGGUACACGUUGAAUACCAUCGGUGUGCUUCUCACCUUGCCGGAGAUCACGCAUCAAUGGUCAUUCUUGGGACUGCAUCUGUGGCCGAAGCGAGCCGUGGACAAACCCACAUCUAACAAGCUCGAAGAGCCACCGGAUGCGACCCAAUUUUCGCCAAGGGUGUUAAACUUCUUCCCCGUUCCGGUCGAGGAGGAGUGCCUGUCCGAGGACAAACGACGUCAGGGAAUAUGCAUGAACACAUACGAGUGUCGUAUCCAGCGCGGAGUGUCCCACGGACCGUGCGCGCUCGGAUUCGGUGUGUGCUGCAUAUUUACGGCAAGCUGCGACAAUGAGGUACAAAAUAAUCUGACCUACGUGACCAGUCCUGGUUUUCCCAACCUCAUCGACCGACCUAUGAACUGCUCGGUGGUUGUACGGAAGAUCGAUACGGAGGUCAGCCAGCUGAGGAUCGACUUUGUCCAUUUCAACAUUGGUCAGCCGAACGCGAUGACCGGCGUGUGUGACAACGAUGUUAUGCAGAUUAACAAUGGUAGGACAUCUUUCGAGUUGUGCGGUUGGAACAGCGGGCAACAUGUUUACGUGGACGUGAGCGAAGGCAACGAACCGAUCACUUUAAACUUCCGGCUGCCGAGCGGACUGCAGUCACGAAUGUGGGAGAUGCGCGUGCUGCAACUGGGUUUCGAGCAACGUGCACCGGUCGGUUGUCUCCAGUACUUUCGCGCGCCGAACGGCACGCUCAGGACAUUCAAUUAUCUGCCGAACGGCAGAUAUCUCGCCGAGCACGAUUACCUAUUGUGCGUGCGUCAGGAGCGAGACAUGUGCGGUAUCGCUUAUCAGCCGUGCACGCGAGACUCUUUUCGGGUAGGGCCCAGCAGGUCGCCGGAAAUAUCGAACGCGACCGCGAUCGCGAACACAAGUGGCGACGCAUCCGCCGCCACGCCUGUCAAUCCGAACGUCGCCUCCGGAUCCGCGAACAAUUCCGACGUGGACGUCGUCGUCGCCGCCGAGGGCUCGGGCGCGGGGUCGCCCGAGCAGGAGAUAGUGUUCCUGUCCGGCACGAGUCCGCCGCCGUUCAGCAGGCGAUGCAGGGACAGGAUACUCAUCCCCUGCGACUUCGAGGAGUUCAUCACGCCCGGAAAUAACAUGGCGGGUAUCUGCAAUCUGGAGCACUGCGGCAAUUCGUUGUGCAAUCGAGACGAGCUCGACGCGGAGGGUAACUGUCGAGUGGAGACUUGGUCGACGCCUUUUCGCAUCAGAGUGGCGUUCGGCCCCGGCAGCAACACGAGUGGCAGCCUCGAGGACAACACCGGCAUGUGUCUCGUGUACCAACAGCUGCCCUGCGUCGCUUGACGCGCGUAUCCUCCGCGACGACGAAGAGGACGACUCUCCUCGAUACGGGAGCGAUCGGCUGGACCUCUUCCCGACUGGUACCGUGAAAUUAGCAAAUCGCGAGGACAAAUAUAUUUAUCGCUUUAUGGCCUCGUAAAUCUCUCAUGUUUCGUGCUUUUCUCCGCGUCUGGAACCGCCUACAAUCGGCUGUAAAUCGGGGAUAAGUGGGAUAGCUUGGGACGUCGCGCACGAAACAAUCAACAACGCGACGAGUCAAAGAGUCAAAUAGUUUUUUUGUUUUAUUUACAAAUGAACUAGCUUAUAUAUAUAUAAAUCGUAAACGCAGCGCACAACUCUCGAUACAGUGAUAGAUAUAUAAUUCGCCAUUGUGUCCCGCUUCUUGUAUUUUUCUUUAAUUAAUUAAUUAUUAUUAUUUUUCUUAAUUCUUCUGGUCGAUUACUCGUCACGAUCAUCGGCUACGAUACGCAGUGUAAUUUAAUCACGGGGCAUCAUCAUCGGUUUUCUCCGUCGAAAUCCCUCGAACGUGAGAUCUGCGGCGAUACGCUUAUCUAAUAAUAUGUAUAAUACGUAACGGUGGCUUUCGCGCUGCGGAAGGCGCCGACGACAAUCGCACGGCAAUCGCAGCGAUAACGAUAUGAAGUUAUAAGAAUAAAUUAUAAUAUCGUUAAUGCAGUAAUAUCGACGAUGACAACGUCACUUUGAAUUGCUCUCCUAGAAGAAACGCGCGCGCUCGCCCCGUCUUGCCUCGAGAGAGUCAAGAUACUCGCGUUAGUCUCCCUUUUGCUUCAAAGGUCAACUUCUCGUAUAUAUCGUACAUGUGUCGUAUAUGAAAGAAUAAUAAUUACAAUAACCAUACAAUAUAUAAUUCGCCAUGAUAAUAAUAAUGAUAAUAGUGACACUUUGUAGAGGCAAUAAUACGGAGACAAUUCAACAACGACAACAAACUCUGCCUCAAAUGGUAGGCAGCGUCUGUUAUUUCGAUGUCGUCGUCGUCGUCGGCGGCGGCGGCGGCAACACACGUCGCGGUUUUGUUGUACAAUUCGAAAAUCAUACUGUCCACUAAGUCAAAAGGACCGUUAAGUAGCGUAAGAGAGGGCGGUGGUCGCGACGAACGUGUAUGCGAUUGUGUAGUGUGAUUGCGCGUGUCUCUGUGUACGGUCACUUGGUGCGGCACACGUUUCUGCCCUAAUACUCUACCGAUGCAAUUUCGGAUGUCCGCGGGAUGUUCAACCCGCCGCAGUCCCGAGGAGCCACGUAUCCUCCCUCUCGAGGAGCCGACCAACGUGAUCUCAACAUUUGCACACAGGUGACGAUCUAUACGAGCUUCGUAUGUAGUCCAAUAAACUAUUUCGUGUUGCAUCUAAAGCUUUGGUCGCAAUAACUACAAAAUAAUUUAUUGAACUACAUAUAUAUAUAUAUACAGAGUAUCCGACACGCAAUACCACGUGUAAAGGUAGAGCGCAAAAACCCCUGGCAGUUUGUAACCAACAGCUACGUAAAAUUUCGAGAUAUUAAAAAAAGAAGAUCUCACCGAAAAUUGCGGAAACGCGACCGCCUCUUAGCACGGAUGGACAUUGGGUGACAGCAAAAAGCGGAGUGCAAUGAUGCAAGCGGCGCAUCAGCAAUUAUUUCUUAACGUAUCACGAGCGUGUCGUACGCAUGUCGCUAAGAAACAGUGUCUCAACCAUUUUCGAUGAGAACUCGCGUUUAUAGAGCCUGUCCCACAAUAUCGUGCGCUCUGCUUUGUCUAUUUUUUUCAUUAGUAUCUCGAAAUUGAUUGCUUGCAAGCUGCAAGCAAGAGUUUUCGUGCUCCAGUGAACGCGCUUCACACGUGGUAUUGCGUGUCUUGCGUCAGACACCCUAUAUAUUAAUUAGGUAGUGCAUAUUACAUUGAGAAAAUUUUUUUCAAUCAAAGAAUUUCGAUAGGUGCAGAAGCUCAAAACUUGUCACUUUAAGAACAAUCAUUAAUUUCGAGACUGCAGCCUUUUCUGAAAUUCUAUUUGAGUCCACUGCGUUCGGGAGGAACGUACGGUAACGCAAUAUGAGCAUAUUUAAUCGGUAUUUUUUUGCGACCGGACGUUUUCUCGAUGGAAUCUGUGGUCGGAGUCAGCAGCCCCGCGGUGCAUCCGAUUGAGCUAUGUGUUCCCGAGAGAAACUGUCGGACGUUCGUCGUUGUAUUUACAAUUGUCGAGCGACACAACGGAGCGCGCUGUACAAAUUCUCAUGAUUAUGCGGUGCGCGCAGGCAACGCGAGAUUCGGAGUGAAUGACGAUGCCUAUGAGGUAAUAUUAAAUUCAGAGGGACGCACGAGUACCCGCUCGAGGCUCGUGACUUCGGGCUAUUCGAUGAAAGUUUCGAGCCGAAUCCGCGACGCGAGACUGUUCCCGACAAUCUUGGACGAGUUUUCCGAGUGUUUCGAAAACGUGUUCGCGCGUGCACACACACACACACACACACACACACACACACACACACAGAGCAGAAACACAAACACACAUGCGGACACGCGCAUGAACACGCCUCAUGAUACUCUUCUUUUCCCCGACAGCCUGGCUAAGUGAAGGCGAAUGUCACGCGAGGAAUUAGCGAGUAACGUGGAUAGUUGUCGUCGUAUACUUUGGAGAAUUUCGGAUAUUGUUCAAGAGAAAGAGACAGAGAAAGAGAGAGAGAGAGAGAGAGACUUGUGCAACUUGUGCCCGAAGUUAUCGAUCGGUCGGCCGAACGACGCGCGGCGACGAUUCGGAUCCGACUCGAGGCUCGUACUCGCACGUCCCGCACGUCGCGUUGUCGAUUAACCGUUGCUACAAUAUUAGAAAACUUGGUAUUAGAAAAACUUGGACUUCCACCCUCGACCCGGCAAGUGGACAACGAUAGAACCGGAACGGAAAACGCGCUUGGAGAAGGCAGCCCGAGCGAGAGCCUCGGGAAUCGAACGGGAUUGCCAGGUCCUUGGUGAUCCUCGGGCAGGUCCUUGAAACGUUUUCGCGAGCGCACAUGCCGCAGCGCGCCCCGUGCGAAUGCGCGGAACGUCGAGGUUGUUCGCCACGCGGCGAACCAAGACCCGACACGUGAUGUUAAUAAUAGCGCCGGCAAAUAACGGCAUUGAUAAAUAGAGAAAAUAAAAGUUUCGCGUUAUACUAAAUUAACCGACGUGUAAAAAUACACCUGACACUUUUAUAUAAACGCGAGUAAGCGCGCGCGCGCAAAUAGCUCAGAUCAAUAUUGAUUAUUUAAUUUCGCCUGAUCAUGGUGUCGGUGUGUAAUGGUUCUGCGCGCGUUGAUAGGGGUAGAAGCGCGGCAUAUAAAUAUAAAAGAGCCGAGCAGGGGCGCGCGAGAGCGCGAAAAGCUCGCCUCGCGAGAAAUUCGGACAUCUGGCAACCCCCUUCUUCUUCUUCGUGAUGUUUUUUUUCCUUCUUUUCUCUUCUCACGGUCAACGUAAAGCAACGAGCGAACGCGAUAGUGGCUACCGCAAGCGGCGAAAUGUACGUUACAAUAAAUUAAUGCUAAAUGUUUA